GUGUGGCUACGGGAGCCGCGUUAGGCCGGAAAGCUCCCUGCUCGGUCCCGCCUGGGAGGGCGGGAAUGAAUGGGUGCUGAGUUGGGGGCGCGCCCGCUCUAGGGACAGGCCUUAAGCGUGUGAGCGGCCGCAGCAUGGAGGACGACGCGCCGGUGAUCUAUGGGCUGGAGUUCCAGGCCCGUGCUCUGACACCUCAGACUGCAGAAACAGAUGCCAUUCGGUUUUUGGUUGGGACGCAGUCUCUUAAAUAUGAUAAUCAGAUCCACAUCAUAGACUUUGACGACGAAAAUAACAUUAUCAAUAAGAAUGUCCUCCUGCAUCAAGCGGGCGAGAUCUGGCACAUCAGUGCCAGCCCCGCCGACAAGGGCGUGCUGGCCACCUGCUACAACAAAGCUUCGACUUGCCUGCUUGGCUUAUGCCUCUGAGAGCAGCCUCCCGGGCCCGCCCUGACCUUGCCUCCUCCCCC